AUGCAACUUCUUAGCUGGGCUAUACCGUUCAUUCUACUUAUCGGCCAAGCCGCUAGCGUAGACCGUAAUCAUAGACUUACCCACAAAUGUGACGGUAUUGGUAUGACUAACCAUGUAUUCUCACCUGGUGCGGCGAGAGCGGGCUGUGAAACGUUCAAAAAUUAUGCUCACGAAUGCUGCGUUGCCCACAACCUCAUCAUUUUGCAGUGCGAUUGGCUCGGCUGCGCAUCAGCGUUCGCUGGCGCUGUUGCAGCCUGUGCUGCUUGUUUUGCUGCGCCAGAGAUAGAGCCCGCUGUAAUAGCAGCGUGUAUAGCGGCCGCGGGAACUGCUACGGAUCGAAAAAGUGUCUAG